GGUCGCCCCGGUAACGGCGGAGAGAUUUCCGAUAGAGGCGGCGGUCGGCGCGGAGGUGUGAGGUGCGGUGAGGGGCUCCCCGACGGAGCGGGUUUCCAUGAUGCCCAGCAAGUGCCGGCCCGGCAGGGGCCCUCGGGCAGCGCCCGGCCCGGUUAAUAACUGUGGUCUUCAGCUGGUUAUCCAGACCUCAUCAAUAACAGAUAAAAGCAAACCAUUUGAAUUCAGGAUAAAUAAAGAACAGUCAUCUAUCCACAAUAGACUUCUGCAGCAUGAUCUGGAAAAAAACUAUUCAGGAAGGCAAGGAGACCAAAGAGUAUUAAGUCCAUUGGUGCGUAAUAAGCAGGUAUAUCUUCCAGUACCAUCCAGUCUGACAGAACUUUCUGGUUUGGAGUUAAAGCAGAAUACAGGUUCUUUAUCAGGAUUUGGUGAGACUUCUAUUCACACACCAACAAAAUCCAGAUCCCGACAAAGCAGCCACAGUAUUAGUUCACAUGCUUCAGAUAACACAAAUUUUGGGAGCAGUUCAUCAAUAACAUUUCCUGUAUUGCAACGUACUGCUGAAGAAAAAAUACUGAAUUCUGAUAGACUUACCCUGGAAAGGCAGAAACUGACAGUGUGCCCAGUUAUUGAUGGGGAAGAUCAUCUUCGCCUUUUGAAUUUCCAACAUAACUGUAUAACCCGAAUCCAAAAUAUUUCUAAUCUGCAGCAUCUUGUUUUCUUAGAUUUAUAUGAUAAUCAAAUAGAGGAAAUAAGUGGGGUUUCAACUCUGAGAUCCCUAAGAGUCCUUUUGUUGGGAAAGAACAGAAUAAAGAAGAUCUCAAAUCUGGAGAACCUAAAAAAUCUUGAUGUUUUAGAUCUUCAUGGAAAUCAGAUUACUAAAAUAGAAAACAUCAGUCAUUUGAGUGAACUGAGAGUGUUAAACCUUGCCAGAAACCUACUAACCACUGUAGAAAACCUUAAUGGACUGGAUUCGCUCACAGAGCUCAACCUUCGUCAUAAUCAAGUCUCUGCUAUAAAAGAUGUGGAUACUUUGCCCCAUCUCCAACGUCUCUUCCUCAGCUUCAACAAUAUAUCUAGUUUUGAGGAUAUUCUGUGCCUUGCUGAUUCCUCAUCUUUGUCAGAUAUCACCCUUGAUGGCAAUCCGAUAGCUCAGGAGACAUGGUACAAACACACUGUUCUCCAUCAUAUGAUGCAGCUCCGACAGCUAGAUAUGAAGAGAAUCACAGAAGAAGAAAGACGUAUGGCAUCUGUUGCAGCAAGGAAAGAGGAAGAAAGGAAGCGUGAAAGCCAUAAACAGACCUUGCUUAAGGAAAAGAAACGGUUAACGAUUUGUAAUAUUGCUCGUCAGUGGGAGAUACAGCAGAAUCGAAUAGCUCUUGUGGCUUCUUUAAACCAAGAUAAAGAUAACGAGCCCUGUCAGAUCAAUGGCAGUGCUGCAUAUGUAUUUCCUGAAGAAAGCAGGUCUCUUGAUACAAUAUUGAGCAGUGCAGUACAAGGCUUGUCUGUUCUUGAGUCUCAUUUAGUGGAAGUGGAAGGAGACACUCUUUGCUUGUAUGGUGCUGGAGCGCUGGAGUGCCUGGAUCGAAACUGGAGUGUUCAAACAGCUGGAAUUAUUGUCACAGUCUCCUUUAUGUUCAUAGAAUUUGAUGAAAUUGUUCAAGCAUUAACAAAACUGAAGAUAAAAUUUCCUAAUUCUGUGCACCUGAAGUUUAAGGAGACAAAUCUUGUGACGCUGCAGCAAUUCAAUGCAUUAGCCCAGAUGCAUCGCAUUGAACAGUUGACAGUUGAUCCUCAGGGAAAUCCAGUUGUCAACUUUUCUUUGUGGAAAUACUAUGUUCUGUUUAGACUGAACCAUUUUAAUCUGCAGAAGAUAAAUGGAGUAAAGGUUACUGGAAACGAUAUUGUAAUGGCAGAAAGGCUUUUUGGCAUUCUGGCAUAUGUAGCAUCUUCUGAGCUGCCACAUUAUCGCAUGCUUUCAUUAAUUGGAGAAUCUAGGAGGAAGCAAUUCCAUUAUCUGCUGGAGGGAAAGGGAAAGAAAUCUGGGAUUGGGAGUGAGGAAAGUAGUGAUAACAGAAGUGGAGGGGAAAGCACAACUCGAGCAACAUUGAAUUACAUGACAAAGGACUUUCAUAUGGAAAAGCUUGAGGAAAUCAAGGAAAGAAAAACAUUUUGCCAGACAUACGUCGAGAACUUAGUGAAAGAAGCAGCUGACAUCAAUAUGAAAAAUGAGUCUUUGCAGAAGCUCUGGCCUCAAAUGUUCAUUGAGCUUGUCAGAGAUGCAGUGAUAGAAAUACGCAAUAAAAAUUCCUACAUGAAACUCUGCUUACAGCGUAUCACUGAUCAAAAACAGUAGAGUCAAGGCUUGUUGUCUUGCAAGAUUUUGGUUUCAGUAGUCUAUGAUGUUUUACAGACUUGAAACAAUAGGAUAUAAAAUUACCAUCACUAUGGCAUACUUCACUCAUCCCACUCCAUGCACACACACUCCUCAAAGGGAUGCCUUUAAAUCUUAAUUUACUCUUGAUAGUUUUGAAAUAAAGGUUUACUUGGAUACUGCUUUAACAAUGCUUCCUUGGCUAAAGUGAUGACAUAGAAUAGAAGUAACUUGGUGAUUGUCAUGUUUUACUAAGUUCUUUUUUAUUUUUUUCUGCUAUCCUUGCUUCUGUAGUGCUACAGCAUUGAUUUUUAAGGAACAAAUUUACACUCUGCUUGCCUUAUUUUUUUAUUGAAUGCUUUUUAAUUGUCACGUUUUUGACUGCUGCUGUUUAAAAAAAAUCAAGAAUAGUAGCUGAUUUUUUUAUGAGCAAAAGCAAAUAAAUUAUUUUUACACCCUGAACUUGAUGAAGACUUAUUAUUAUUAUUGUUUAACUUGUGAGGUUAUAGAACACUUUUUCACACCCAAUGCCAUCACAGUGCUCAGUAUAUCAGCAUUUAAUGAGCCUAAUUCUCAACUGAACAAAUGUCCCAAACUUGACUUCAGGUGUUUUUCAUUAAUUUAAUUUGUAUUAGUUUGUGUGAAUUAUUAUAGGUAAAAUAUGAAUUCGAGGUAUAUUCACUUAAGCUUUAUUUUUGUUCUGUUAAAAUAUGUUAAUACAAUUUUUUUUGUUUCUUGAUUACUGAAUUACUCAUUUUUGACGUUUGUCAAGGUCAAAUGAGCUAAAAUGCAUGCAGUACAUUUGGUAAGGAGACUGAUGACUACUGUUCAGUUGUAAUUAAUUUCUGUGACUGUGUGAAAAUUUCAUAUUUGUUAUCAAUAAAAAUAAAUUCUUCACUUUUGCCCUUCACA